AUGUUGAAAGUUUGCGAACAAGCCAUACGCCAGUAUGCUGUCGUUUUAGUCGUGAACUUAAGCACAUUUACGUCGGGAAUGAACAUAGCAUGGCCAUCGCCUAUGCUGGUGAAAUUAGGUGACGGCACACAGACGAUUCUCUCGCACCCCCUAACGAUAGAGGAGGGAUCAUGGAUAGUGUCCGCAGAGUCUUUAGGCUGUGUAAUAUAUAACCCCUUAGUGGCUCUGUUACUGGAUUAUAUUGGCAGAAAAUACUGCGUGCUUUUGGGCGUUUUACCCAAAAUGGCCGCGGCCCUGCUCUAUGUAUUCGCAACGGAAGUGUGGAUGGUCAUCUUUGCGCGCGCAUUGCAGGGAUUAUCCGAUUCCUUCGUGUUCAUUUCAAUACCAGUUUAUAUAUCUGAAAUCUCAUCGAAAGAUAAACGAGGAGCAUUUUGUACGUACUUCCAGAUAUUUUCGAGCCUAGGCAUUGUAUUCACUUUGUCCGCGGGCCCGUUCAUGUCUUAUCUAUUGUUCAACAUUGCAUACGCGGUUAUAGUAGGGAUUACAAGUCUCCCGCUGCUAUUUCUACCAGAGAGCCCGUAUUUUUUGUUGAAUAAAGGUGAAGAGAGCGACGCGAUGAACGUGUUAACUUUCUUGCAUGGCUCGGAGUUGUUAGCGAAACAGGAGAUUAAAGAGUGCACGAUCAAGACGAACGAGGAGAAAUUGAGCAUGUUCGCUGUGCUAAAAAGUUCAACUGUACGCAAGACACUCGCAAUCUCGAUCACUUUUUGCUUUGGGGCGCAGCUUGUUGGAUACAACGCAGUGGCGUAUUAUCUACAGACCAUUCUGAUCUCCACAAAUACAAGCGUGAUGCCGGAGAUCGCAUCGGUCGUUAUAGGUGUCAUACAAUUUAUCUCGAGCCUCUGCACGAUGUUCUUAACCGACAGAUUCGGCAGGAAGAUUAUUUUGAUCUUCUCGCUGAUCGGAAUGUGCAUCGGAUUGAUCGGAUUAGGCCUGUUCUUUAGACUCAUGCCCAGUGAUGGCGAAACAAUAAUUGGGUUUUUGAACUAUCUUCCUCUCAUUUCUUUGAUAAUCGUCGUUUAUUGCUUCAACGCAGGACUUGGUUCGUUGAUAUGCGUGAUAUUGGCCGAGCUGUUCGACGGUCCAGCGAGAGCAUUUGGUGUAUCUAUCAGCUUAGCUGUGAAUACAAUGAUGAUCUUCGUCACGUCAAAAUUCUUUCCGAUGGUUUUAGAGUCCAUCGGACCUGCGGUAACGUACUGGUGCUUCGCCGGUGUUGCCAUACUGAUGUGCUUGUUUGUAACAUUCUGCAUACCGGAGACGAAGGGGAAAAGUUUCGCAGAAAUACAGAGGGAAUUGGAAUGGAAAAAGAACGAAACCCUUGAUAUAGACUCAAAAUGUUUU